GACAGUUCCAUGGUGCUGAAAGAAAGUCCUCCGUUUCGGAGCUCCGCGUCUGUUGGGAACUUUGCCUCAGCCAUGUUUGUGGGGAUCCGGUGCAGCCUCUUGCUGGCUUCUUUUUUCUUCUUGAGGGGAUGCGCCCAGAAUUUCGGGCAGACUCGAUUUAUCUGCACCUCGGUGCCGGUGGAUAUGGACAUGUGUACUUCUUCCGUGCAGACUGGUGGCAGCACAGAGGACCUGAAGACCACGGUGCUACAACUCCGGGAAACGGUGCUUCAGCAAAAGGAGACCAUCAUGAACCAAAAGGAGACCAUUAGGGAACUGACAACGAAGCUAGGCAGGUGUGAGAGCCAGAGCUCGUUGGAGACAGUCCCCGGUGAGUCCAAAACGGGUGGGGGCUCCAACAGAAAGCAGACCGGUUCCUCCAAAAACACCAUGGGAGAUCUCUCCCGGACUCCAGCUGCAGAGACCUUGGGCCAACUUGGGCAAACUUUGCAAUCACUUAAAACAAGGCUAGAAACGUUGGAGCAAUUCAGUAGGAUGAAUUCAUCAAGUCAGACCAAUUCCUUGAAGGAUAUUCUUCAGAGUAACAUUGAUGAUUUAGAGAAGCAAGUCUUGUCCCGAAUUAACAGCUUGGAGGAAGGAAAGUACAGCCCCAAGAAUGAAAGUGAAGAAAGAGGAAAAAUAGAAAGCACUUUAACUUCCCUUCACCAAAGGAUCAGUGACCUAGAGAAAGGUCAGAAAGACAACAGGCCGACAGACAAGUUUCAGCUGACAUUCCCCUUGAGAACCAACUACAUGUAUGCCAAGGUGAAGAAAAGCCUGCCAGAGAUGUAUGCCUUCACUAUUUGCAUGUGGAUAAAAUCCAAUGCAUCUCCCGGUGUAGGUACACCUUUCUCUUAUGCGGUUCCAGGACAAGCCAAUGAGUUGGUGCUUAUUGAAUGGGGCAAUAAUCCCAUGGAGAUCCUUAUCAAUGACAAGGUAGCAAAGCUCCCAUUUGUCAUUAAUGAUGGGAAAUGGCACCACAUCUGUAUCACAUGGACAACCAGGGAUGGUGUCUGGGAGGCUUUUCAGGAUGGUGCACUGCAAGGCAAUGGGGAAAACCUGGCCCCUUAUCACCCCAUCAAGCCUCAAGGGGUCCUUGUUCUGGGACAGGAACAGGACACCCUUGGCGGUGGAUUUGAUGCCACCCAGGCAUUUGUGGGAGAACUGGCCCACUUCAACAUCUGGGAUCGAAAACUCACCCCAGGGGAAAUCUACAACCUGGCUACCUGCAGUACCAAAGCCCUGUCUGGCAGCGUCAUAGCCUGGUCUGAAACCAACAUUGAUAUUUAUGGAGGAGCCACCAAAUGGACAUUUGAAGCCUGUCGUCAGAUCAACUAAAAAUCCUGCUCCUUCCCCUUCCAUUCCAUUUAACCCUUGGUUAACAGAUAUUCUUCCCACCCAGGAAUGAAUUAUGGACAAUCCUAUUCCCUUCCUGUCUCUCUUGCUUUCCCACCCCCUCCUUAAUUCUAUUAUUUGUUCUCAAGAAUCAGCCACUUGUUCGUCUAGGAGACUUGGACCAAGUUUUCUCAGAUGGCAACUCUAAGGCAACCUGGAACUUUGGAACCUGAUGAGGAUAGGAAGGGGGUUCAUUGGUUCCCCCCUUCUCCCGUUUCUCCCAUUUCCCUUUGGAAUGAGACUUCAUUCCCCCCUCCCUUUUGCUUUAUGAAGUCUCAUCAUGAACGGUCUGAUUUUUCUGGCUUGCCAACUUCAUUUCGAAGCCUGAGUGCCUUUGGGCUGGUGCAACUCUUUCAGCACAUUUGUCUUCAUUUGCAUAUACUUUUUAAAGGAUAUCUCUAUAUUCCUACUCUGUGUCUUUUAAGCAGCCAAUUCUCCGAUGGGCAGACUUUUUUAUUUUGUAUUAAGAAUUAUUCUCUUAGCGACAGAGGAUAAAUGCUUUUGAAUGAUGCAUGAAGGUGGCUUGAUUAGAAGUAAGACCUGAGGUAGGGGUUAGGACUGUUCUCUUAACCUGUUCAGGUCCCCUCAUCCCCAUGCCAUGAAUAUUCUGGCCAGAGCCCUACAGAGCCAUCUUUGUCCCCAGGGGCACAUGUCAGAUUCAGGAGCAAAGCUGGGCCAGGAGUUCUAGAUGUCUUGUCCAGAUCCUGGGUUAUUUGUAGGAAUAGCUGUCUCCUAUCUGCUCUAACGGAGCUGUAGCAGAGCUCCCUUCCCAACUCUGCCUUCAUUUUGCUGUAAAGAAUCUGCCUCUGUUAACCAUCACAAAACCUAGGUGUAGUCUGGAGUUGUUUCUGUACACAGGCUUACACGGGCUUAGCUACUGCUUCUGUGACUUGGAGAUGGAAGAGAAUUCCAAUUCAUUUGCUUCCUCUCCCUUCUCAGUUCUGCAGCAGGUUCUUUCUGCCCCCUUGGGCUUCUCACAGAAUUAUCUGGCUGGGAGAGUUUCAUGUCCCCUUAUGAGACAUUCCCCUGUCGUCCCUUUAUCAACGUCCCUUUACUCUCACUAAGAGCCAUAAACAUGAAGGGCUGGGGGUGGGUUAAGGGGAGGGAAUUGGAUGCAAAGCAUGCAAAGAGCAGUCCAAUUUCCAUGGCCACACUGUGCAGCUGAGUUUUUUGCCUUUUAAAUAUAAAUUGGGAUGAUUGCUGCUGGCAGGAUGAACAAGCCCAAGGACCCUUGUCCGCCCCAUGCUUAUCUGGCCAAAUGGGAUUUGAGCUAUAUGUUGCUUUCACAAAGGUUUCAGAUUCUUCCUUUUCAAAAGGAGUAAAGGAACUAUUUGAGAGAAGCUUUCAGUGAAUAUGCACAGAAAUGGGAAUAAAGGGCAAAUCCUGGGAUUGCCGCAAAGCCCCAGGGGAUUAAAAAGAAGCUGUGGUAUUUUCAUAUAUCAGAGAAGAGCCUGUGUUAUAUUUUUGAAACAACACAAGGGAUGCUAAUAGUUUAAAUGAAUGUGUAGAGCCUGCACAAACCUCUCAGAAGGGGAGAAGUGUGCAAUUCGUAUUGUAAUAUAGAUUGACCUGUGUAUCUUGAAAGGCACCAUCUGUUUUAUGAAGUUGGAAAGGUGUAUCUGUUGACCUUUCUCGUGGAGACUGUACUUUGGUUAGAUGAGACUGCCUGUCUUUCUACCUUUAGUGGCAACUGGUUGCAUAGUGAUGUGGUGUUUCAGUGAAGUUUAUUGAUGCUGUUCCAGUUUGUGGCACCCUUCUAUUUCCUGCAGAUUUAUAGGGGAGGCAAAGGGCACACUGUUUCUUGCAUGUUUCAGUAGGUGCCUCAAUCUUGUUUUACCUGGUCUAAUGCUUGCCUGCUUGCAUGGGCUACUGCAGAGCUGUGGGGGUUUGCCGAGCAAUAGUUCAUGCUUUGAAAAAAAAACAAAGUCAUCUGAACACAUUUGUAGAGGUCAGGUGCGGCUGGAAAGAAAGCGACCAAGGAUGCAGCAUUCUUCCCCGUGAUAAACUGCAGUAUACUUCAUUUUGUAUUUAAACAAACGCUGUUAAAAUCCUUAUGACUAGCAAAUCAGUGGGGACUCUUCCCUUCUGCACCAUUUCUCCUUUAAGCCCUAGGAACCCACAGCAUCUGAGCUAUCCUCAAAGGCAGCAAUGGGGCAUGUUUCUUUAAGCAUCUCUGCUGCCAUGCCUACACUGUGCUGUCGGUUCAGACCUACUAAUAAUGCCUAUCAAACUAGAUGUGCUAGGAGCUGUCCUUUCAGCACCACUGAAGACAGCCUCUCCCCCUUCAGGCUAACUAUGGGUUCUCUAGCAAGCAUGAAUAUAAAUCUGGUCCAUCAAAACCAAUUAAACUAUUGCUUAAUGGAGGGGUGUCAAACAUGCAGCCCAGGGGCCACUUCCAGCCCCUUGAGAGGGCUUAUCAGUGCCGUGAACCAACUGAGGCAACCCCCCUUAGCUCCUGAUCUGGCCUGACAAGCCCCACUCGCCAGACUAAAUUGGGAGUAAGGGAAGGGGGUUGCCUCAGCUGGCUCAUGGGGCUGGUAAGCCCCCUUAAGGCAUCCACCCACCUUCCUGCAGGCUCACCAGAUCGGGCACUCCCCAGUGCCGUUCUGGGGACAGCCAAGGCAGCCACCCCCAGCCCCCUGGGCCCAGCCAAAUCACUUUUAUGUCAUAUUCGGCCCUCAUAACAAAUGAGUUUGACACCCCUGGCUUAAAGUGUUCCCUCUUGUACUGAAUAGCACAUGCCUCUCUCAGGUAAUGUCCUUUUAUGAAAACAAAAAUUGAGCAUCCUGUGUGUUGUUUGCCUAAACACUGUCUGACAGUACUCCAAAAGCUUCUUCCCACAGAGGGGAUUAACUAGCCAUUUACGCAGGAAUAAUUCCACUAAAAAAUAUAAGGUAACUUCAGUCUGUCAGUAAAUCAUCCUCUUGCACUUAAUUCUGAACAAGUGCAACAAGAAGCAAGUUCUUGGAACUUCCUUCCAAACAAAAAUUUUUAGAAUCAGCCUAAAUAUUAUAGUAGUUGAAAUAGCCUUUACUGUCCCUUUAGGUACUGUUUGAAAUAUCUACCCUUUCUGCUUUUGUAAACACAAAAUUAUUUCUCUUGUUGUAAAAGGAGUUUAUUACCAAGAAAGGUAUUUUUAUUAGAAGAGAAUAUAUAGAAGAUUAAACGUUCCCUGAAAAAAAAACUUUCAUGCUACAGAUGAGGGAUAAAGGAUGAUAAAGUUUAUUUUGAAUAGAUAAUAUUUUAUAUAGUUUCUUUUUUAAGAAGAAUUCGUGAUUUGUACUAAUAGACAUAGCCAUCACCCCUUUUAAUGACUGCACCCUCUCUUUCUCCAGUCAAGGAGCUUUCCCUGGCUAAGUGGGGAAAAGACAAUCUCAUAAGGUUUUAUGAGCCAUUUUGACCAUCUCUAAAGCUGUGGCAAAAGAAUAUGCAACAUAGUUAGGCAUAUAAUAAGCAGUUCAAGGUUGAUACUGCACUAUUGAAAAACUGCUGCUAUAUAGAAAUCAGAAUGGAUCAUGUGAUCAUUCCUGUGAAAACACAAUGCUAGGAAUAUAUAAUUCAUACAAACCCAGCCUAGAUACCUCGCUCUUAAAUCUUGGCUCAGAGCAGCAUAUUUUAAGCAGUUUUCUUUAAAACAAAAACAGCUGGACCUUGUAAGAUCAUUCUGUUUCAAUCCUUGUUGGAACCUUUGUUGCAGCUAAUAACGAAUUUAAGUACAAUCUGAUGAAAGGGGAGGGGGAAUGUAAAGAUCAGUCCAGUCUGAAUUGUGUGUGAUUUGCCAAAAAAAAGAGAGAGAGAGAGAGUGGGGUGAUAGUGUUUCAAUUGUAUAUACUGUACAGUUUGAAAGAGGAUAAACAUUUCCUGAGUUACCAUUCUGUUAACCAAAGCUGUAUAUUUUUCCUACUUCUUGCUAACAGUCUUUAUUGGAUUUUGAAUGAGUUGUUGUUCGAUCUCACAUCCACAGUCCCCAUCAGCAGUUCUAAAAAUGCACUGUUUUUACUGGUUCUUCAUGCUUUUUUUUUCAUUUUAUUGCUCAAACUACAUGAAUUGUUGAGUUUAUUUUUACACAAUAAAGAGUGAUGAAAGACA